AUGUUGCGCCCUACAGACUCUUCCAUGCCAAUUGGCAUUGGCUUCCUUCUUUUGUCUUUCGGAGCCCAGUUGUCUUCUGCCAUUCCUUACCAUGUUUAUCAACUUGAUGAGCGCGACGUCAACACUGAUACCACAACCACUGAUUCCUUCAUCACAACUACUACGAGCGCAUUUGUUGCGCCUGUUGAUGUGCUUCCCACCACUACCUCAGCUGUCGUCAUUGAUACCACAACACACCAUGACGCUAUUGUCGUUGACACAACCACUAGCGAUGCCGCUCCAGUGGUUCAGCCUCCCACCACUGCUGGCGAGGUUGUUGGUGAUACCACGAGCGCUGAGAUUGCGCCUGUCGGGACUGAAACACCAGACACUGUUGAUGUGUUGAGCAGUACUGGAGCUCCCGUCGAGAAUGUUCCCACCACUACCUCUGACUGGAUCCCUCCUCCGGGAACCGAGACAAACAACGUUGUCAACACCCCCGGCCCUGACACAACCGCUAACACGGAUGUUCCCCCGCCUGCUAGCACUGACAUACCUACCAACGAGCCUAUUGUCGGUACAACUACCAACACCGAGGCUCCUCCUGCUGGAACCGAGACUGCCACUAGCAACAUCCCAGGACCCGUCGUUGACACUACUACCGAUGUCCCUGUUGUUGGUACUGAGACAGGAACCACCAGUGAUGUGAUUGCGCCUGUCGAUACAACCACGGCCGUCCCAGUCCCUGGCACCGAGACUCCUACUACGAGUGAUGCUGCUGUGCCCGUCGUUGACACCACAACCACCGCUGAGAUCCCUCUUUCCAACACUGACACCCCAACCAGCAGUGCUGGGGUGCCCGCUGCUGAGACCACCACUGAGAACAACGGUGACGCUCCCACCACCACUGCUCCUGCCAACAACGCGCCUCAAACCACAGAGAAGGCUUCAGAACCCUCUGACAAGCCAAGUGAUGCCCCUACUGCCCCAGUCACAGCCCCUCCUCAAGAAACUACUGCUGCAGUUUCUCAAGCCCAGGCCACUGCCUCCGAGUACAAGUCCAAGGUCGACGAUAUCAUCCCCAUUAUCGUGGCCUGGCAGAACAACCCUGAUGGUCUUAAGACCGACACAUUGAACAAUGUCAACAACUUGAUCAACGGUGUCAAGGAUGCUAUCAAGGAUCUGGGCGGUUCUACCAGUUCUGGCUGCAACGGUAAGAGAAGGCGAGGUCUUUUCGACAUCGUAUCAAACAUUGUCAACACUCUUACUUGCGUUGUCUCAAACCUUGAGGAUAUUGGUGGCAAGAUCACCGGUGGUGUCAUCGACGGUGUCACUCCUAUUGUGUCAACUCUUACCACCAGCAGCGAAGACCUCAAGGAGCAAAGUGAGGAGAAGGAAGAUGAAGAUCAGUCUAAGACUGAGAAGAAGGAGUCCGAGACUAAGGAAGAGUCCAAAUCUGAGGAGAGCAAGACCACUGAGAAGCCUACAUCUACUGAGGCUACUACGUCUGCUACAGAGACAACCGAGACCACUACGGGAGCUUGCAGUAUGCGAGAGACUACUAGUCUUCCUGGUGCCACAGACACUCAACCCAAGACCUCGAUUCCUUUGCCUCCGUUGAAGGAUGGUACCACUGCUGCUGAGACUUCUUCUGAUGCUGAAGCUACCACGACCGACUCUCCCAAGACCGACUCUCCCACAUCCGCGGAGGCUACCACCACAGCUGAGGGUCCUGAGUCUACCACCCAUGCAGACACAUCUGCCCAGCAGACUUCUACCGAGGCCGCUGAGGAGACUAGCACUGCUGAUGAUGUGAAGUCAACUGCCGAGGAGACCAAAUCAACUGCGGAGGAAACCAAGGCUGAGACUGACACCUCUGCUCCCGCUACCACUCAACCCAGCACUCUCCUCACAACCACCCGCCCAUCCCCCGACCAGACUUCCAACACCAUCACCUCAGGCUCAAGCGAGAUCAUCACCAGCUCCGAGGGAAUCACCACCGCCCCAUCCCGUACAUACUACCCAUGCAACGUCUUCGGUGGUCCCCGCGUCGCCACCCCGUACUGCCAAUGCUCAACCACCGUCUCCGGAAAGCAAUACGUCGCCACAGCUUCCCUGAUCGACAACCAAUGCGAGGCCUACACCGAAUACCCAUCCAAGGUCGACCCCGCCACCGAGGCUCCUGCUCCCACUCAAGCUCCCAUCAACGAGCCUCUCACCAAGACCAUCGACGGCACUGUCCUUGCCUGGACUGCGUACACCCUUGCCUAUGGCCAGGUGUACAAGGACGUCACCGUUACUUUCUCCAAUGGUAUCGGAGAGACCAAGACCAUUGCGACGCCUGUUCCCACACAGACUCACGCCGACAACGAUGGAUCCGGCCAGUGCGGCACCAGCGAUGGCCUCUCCAAGUCUGGUCUCGGCGAUGCUUGCAACCGUGCUAUUAACAUGUUCGACGACAAUACCGUCUACACGGGCUACACUACUCGCUUCAGCCGCUCGUCCAAGGGUCUCCUUAUGGUCGCGUCCAUGGGCCAAGCUGCUUGCAUUGCCAAGUUCAGCUGCGAUGACUAUGGUAUUGGCAUGAGCGGUAAGCUGAUCAAGGAAGCCCGCGAGAACGCCAAGAGUAAUGAUAACAUCUGGAUGUGUGGACACAUUGAACUGUCUAACUCGUGUAAGGUGGUCAUGGACUACUGCACGAACUGUAAGAACGAGGGUUGA